AUGAAAGAUAAUAUUAACAAUGCACGUCGACAAGCUGAUGAAAAAAAUAUACAGUCUUAUUCUAGACCUAAUAUUACACAACAUGCUCUACAAUAUGCCGUAAACUACCAACUUCCUUCGUUAAAAAUUACAUGUCAACCCGGUGUAAAAGAUCAGAUAGAAGGUAAAAAUAUAAUGAAAGCUUUAUUUAUACAUAUACAUGAUGAUUUUUGUAAAUUAAAUAAUCAAUAUAAUCGACCUAUUGGUUUUGAUACAUGGUAUGUUGAUAAACAAGGUGAUUUAAUAUGUUUUACAAGUCAGAUCGAAUUAUUUGUAUAUUUAUGGGAUGUAGAUCAUUAUCCUCCUAAAUUAUUAAAUACAUUAAUCACACCAGUUCCUCCAACUCAUCUUCCCCCUCAACAUUCGAUUAUAUUUAAAUAUGUACCAAGGACAAUUUCGUUUGAUGAAUUACUAGAAGCAGUGUCUGAUGUUUGUCAAUCAAAAUUGCUGUUGGAAGAAAUGAAAGGGUCGAUGACAAACAAGUCAAGACAUAUUAGACUUGACCUAACCUCGAAGGAAGAAACGAAGAAGAUAUUAAAUAGUGGUGUUUUUCCACUCAAUGGUUAUUUAAUUGAGGUUACUGAAUUUUUAGCACCUCCAAAACUACUUAUUUGUUCUAGAUGUAAUCGUCCAGGACACAUAAGAAAAGAAUGUAAUGGACCAUUCGAUAGAUGCAAAAGGUGUGGUAUGAAUAAAGCACAAGGUGAUCAUAUUCAAUGUUUAAUAAAGUGCCAUCACUGUGAAGGUGAACAUAUUGCAACAGAUUAUCGAUGUCCUGUUAUUGUGAAAUUUAGAGGUGAAUUAAUUGAUGAAUUAAAAAGGAGACCGGAAUUAUUACCACAAAAUAUACAAUUAUUUAUACCAGUUGAAUUUCGGAAUGGUGGUAAAAAUUUUAUAGGUUGUCAACAGAAAGAACACAUACCUUCUCCAUCGUACCUUCAUUCAUCGCAUACUAAUGUUUGGCCAUCACUUAAUCAACCAGUAACACAAAAUUAUGAUGAUAGGUUUAAACAAGAUUUUUAUGAUGAUAUGAAGAAGGAAAUAAAGUUAUUACGAAAUGAUUAUGAGAAAUUGAAAUUAGUUUUUGAUCAACGUGAAAAGGAGUUGAUGAUUAAAUAUGAAAAUAAUAAAAACGAUUGUAUUUCUAAAGUUUACACUGUGGUAAAUGAGGUUGUACCAAUUAUUACUAGUUCAUUAAAAUCAUUACAUAUAUUUAUUGAAAAAAUUGUUAAAAAUAAUGAGGAUAUUAAUUUAAAAAAUGAAUAUAAUAUUCUUCAAUUUACCAUCGAACAAAAUUUGGUUAUGUUGAAUGAUCGGAAUGAUCUUGUUAUUGAACAUCAACGUGCAACAGCGAUGUUAAAUGAAAAAACAAAUGAUAUAUUUCGUCAUGGCCUAGAACUUAUGUCAUCAAAUGAACAGUAA